AUGGCGCUCUCAGGUCUCAAGGUCAUCGAAUUUGCCGGAUUAGCCCCGGGACCGUUCGCUGGCCUCGUUCUAGCAGACAAUGGCGCAUCAGUGAUUCGGGUGGAUCGACCUUCUACAUCUUCGAGCGACCUGCUCUGCCGCGGUAAACGGUCUAUCGUGGUCAAUUCAAAGGUCACUAGUGGACGAGAGUUGCUCAAGACCUUGAUUGCCUCUGCGGAUGUGAUCAUUGAUCCGUUUCGCCCUGGGGUAAUGGAAAGACUGGGUUUGGGACCAGAAGUCUUCUUGGGAGAUGGCACCAAGGCUGGGCUAAACGAGAGACUGAUCUAUGCAAGGAUUGUGGGGCCCCUACAAGGACAUGGCAGGCCACGACAUCAAUUAUGCUGCCCUGAGCGGCGCCCUGGCUACUUUGCUGGCGGUGGUAUCAUGUGUGCACUGGGAAUCCUGGUGGCGCUGUUGGAACGAGGGAAGACAGGGAAGGGUCAAGUUGUGAAUGCUGACAUGGUUACUGGUACCCGCUACAUCUCUUCAUUCCCUCUUAUCCAUGCACUUGUUCCUUCGUCGCCCCUCAUGGGAGGCCCACGAGGAACAAAUCUUCUCGACGGAGGUGCACCCUUCUACAACAUUUACAGCUGCAAAGACGGUGGAUGGAUGUCAGUUGGAUGCCUAGAACCCGAGUUCUUCAAAGUCUUCCUGGAAUUGUUUUUAGGAGCCCUUCCGAGAGAUUUCACCCUCGCCGGCUGGAGGCCAACACUCGCGACCCAACGUGAACGCUCGGAAUGGGACAAAUUCGCAAAGUUCCUAGAGAAGGGUUUCUUGACUAAACCCAGAGACGAAUGGGCCAAACUGUUCAUGAACACGGAAGCCUGCACUGUCCCAGUACUAACACCCAAGGAAGCCGGAAAGCUUGCACGAGCCCCAGUUCCCGAGGUCCAUCCGAAGGUCAAGACAUGGAAUUCAACAGCCUUACAGCAGAAAGUGUCGCCUUCAAUCGGAUUGCUGCAGCCAGGCAAGGACACCGAACAGAUCCUGGACGAGCUUGGUAUCAGCGAUUCGGAGCGCCGCCGUUUAGUCCAGGAGGGAGCUGUCGACGGGAAGUUCGUUUCCGUUCGGACCCCUUCCAAGUUGUAA